GCCAGGCUCCAGCAGCCAGUACUGAGCGGCGGCUGCGCCUUCAUGAGCGGGGCUGGGGUGGCGGCGGGGCCGCGGCCCCUCAGCUCCGCGGGCCCCGGCUCCCGGGGUGCACCACGCCCACGCCUGCGCCCUUCCGCCGGCCUGGGCCUGCAGAACGCAGGGACGCAGCCCGCUCCGAGUGAGGCACAGAAACGGAUCCUGGACCUGGAGAAGAGCCUGCAGUUCCUUCAGCAGCAGCACUCGGAGACGCUGGUCAAACUCCACGAGGAGAUCGAGCACCUGAAGCGGGAGAACAAGGAUCUCCACUACAAGCUAAUCAUGAAUGAGAAGCCUCAGAAAAAAGGAAGCAUCUCCACAUUGAGCCUUCCGUCCGGCAAGUCCAUCUCUAAUUCCUCAGUGUCCGCCAACUCUCAAGGCAAGACCAGGCCCCAGCCCAGCUCCUUCAAGAAGCAAGAGCUGAAGUCUGACGCCCUCCAAAAGACAGACCCGGAAGAGCAGUCACUCAGCAGUGCUGCCCUGUCCCACAGCAACAAGCUGGACAGAGUCCCUGGGGCGCAGGGACAGGCCAAAGACGAGGAUGCAGAAGCCCCUAAUUCAGGGGCCACGUUGGUGGGGGGCAGCCAUGGCCGGCAAGGGACAGGGAUGGCCCCCUUACUGAGCCUGCCCCCGCACCUGCGCAAGCCCACCACAGUGCAGCAGUGUGAGGUGGUCAUCCGUCAGCUGUGGAACGCCAACCUCCUGCAGGCCCAGGAGCUACAGCACCUCAAGUCACUCCUGGAUGGGAACCAGAGGCCCAAAGCUGCAGCUGAGGAGGCUGGGCUGGGCUCUCCAAAGGAUCAGGAAUCCACGCAGUUUCCCAAGGUCACCACCAAGGGCCUUACUAAGAAGUGCUUAAUUCUCAGCCCAAUGCCUGUGGCAGAGCGUGGCAUCCUGCCUGCUUUGAAACAGAGCCUGAAGAGCAACUUUGCUGAGCGGCAGAAAAGGUUGCAAGUGGUCCAGAGCCGGCGCCUGCACCGUUCUGUGCUGCUGAGUCGGCGCCCUGGAGCCCGGCCAUCUUCUCUUGAUAAUGGUUCACAUCAACCCUAUUUUUCAGCCACACGAAAUUCCAAGACAGACAAAACCCAUGACAGAUAAAAGUACUUGCUCUCAGAAUUGAGGAAACUGUCUAUUUUCUCUAUUAUUUUACUAUUCCUGCAUUUAUACAAAAGCACAUUAUAAAAUGUUAUUCGCCGCCUACCUAUUAACUGAAAAUAAAAAUUCUUU